AUGAACAAUUCACUAGCUGAAGUAUUUGCUGUGUUGAAAGAGACUGUUUACUGUUUGUUUUAUUGCCUGAACUCGCUGUUGUGUGUUGAGCGACUUGAUAAUUUGAUGCGAACCCUUGAGCUAGCAAAUGUCUCGACCUUCCACGGUUUGAUGCAAAUCUCCAUCCUUUUUACGCUAGUCAGCACUGAUUUGAAGGUUUUUCUAUCAUUAUUGAAGCGAGCGAGGGAAGCACACCUGGACAGUUGA